CACAUUAAAACUCGGUCUGAGUGUCCGCCGCUGUGCGGACGGGGUUAACGUGUACCCACCGGUAAGGGGCGGGUCCUACUGCUACAUCAUGGCAGACUCCUGGUCGUCAGCUUUCACAUUGUGUGGAGUCUGAACCGAUCUCACAAGGUUAUUUAUCCGUAAAGUGAUGGCAAAAGGAGAAGGCGCCGACCAAUAUUCCAACAAUAGUUUAUUAACGAAUAAACCGGUCAACCCAGAUGUGGUCAAACUAGCUAGGAAGCGUGAGCAGUGUGACCGGUUGUCCAUAUGCAACAAGCUAUGCUACGCGGUGGGAGGAGCACCCUAUCAGAUCACAGGCUGUGCACUGGGCUUCUUCCUCCAGAUAUACCUACUGGAUGUGGCCCAGUUGGACCCAUUCUAUGCGUCCAUCAUCCUGUUCGUGGGGAGGGCCUGGGAUGCUGUGACGGACCCGAUCAUAGGCUUUAUGGUCUCCCGCUCUCCCUGGACACGCUUCGGACGAAUGCUGCCAUGGAUCGUGUUCUCCACUCCUCUAGCUGUGGUCAGUUACUUCCUCAUCUGGUAUGUUCCUGUGAUUGAGGAUGGGAAGGUCAUCUGGUACCUGGUCUUCUACUGUCUGUUCCAGACCCUUCAGACGUGUUUCCAUGUGCCCUACUCAGCUCUCACCAUGUUCAUCAGUGAAGACCAGAAGGAGAGGGACUCGGCCACUGCUUACAGAAUGACGGUGGAGGUUCUGGGUACUGUGAUUGGCACAGCCGUCCAGGGUCAGAUUGUGGGCAUGGCCAACCCCCCCUGUAUCCUGGCCCCUGGCGACAAUGUAACAACAGAGGGGCUGAACUCCUCCCUGCUGCUGGAACAGGAAGUUAACACCACGGUCAUCUCUCCGGGCAUCACCCUGGACCAGACGAAAACAGCUUACAUGAUCGCCUCUGGUGCCAUCUGCUCCAUCUACAUUCUCUGUGCCGUGGUGCUGUUCUUCGGCGUCAAGGAGAAGAAAGAGUCGUCUCGCCCUCGGUCAGAGCUCAUGUCGUUCUGGCAGGGUAUCGGCCUGGUGAUGGGUCAUCGCCCUUACGUCAAGCUGGUUAUGGGCUUCCUCUUCACCUCACUGGCCUUCAUGCUCCUGGAAGGGAACUUUGCUCUGUUCUGCUGCUACACUCUGGGCUUUAGGAACGACUUCCAGAACAUUCUACUGGUCAUCAUGCUCGCUGCGAUGCUCACCAUCCCUUUCUGGCAGUGGUUCCUCACCAAGUUUGGCAAGAAGAAAGCUGUGUACAUCGGCACCUCGUCUGUGAUCCCCUUCAUGAUCCUGGUGGUGUGUGUGAAGAGUAAUCUCAUCAUUACCUACAUGGUGUCGUUUGCUGCCGGGGUCGGAGUCGCUGCUGCUUUCCUGUUGCCGUGGUCCAUGCUGCCAGACGUGGUGGAUGACUUCCAGGUCCAGAACCCAGACUCUAAAGGCCACGAAGCCAUCUUUUAUUCCUUCUAUGUCUUCUUCACCAAGUUUGCCUCUGGAAUCUCCCUGGGGAUCUCUACUCUCAGCUUGGAUUUUGCAGGGUAUAGGACUCGAGGUUGCACCCAGCCUGAGAACGUGGAUAUAACCCUGAAGGUUCUGGUCUCCGCGGCGCCCAUAGGACUCAUUCUGAUUGGCCUGGUCUUAUUCCGCUCUUAUCCAAUCGACGAAGAGAGGAGGCAGGGCAACAGGAAGCUGCUUCAGGAGCAACGGGAAAAUGAGGCAGACUCAGAAACUGACUCCACAGAACUGAACAACAUGGUGUAGUUUCUAGAACACUCAUGGACCAUUGGAGUGACACUGCUUGCUUGCACCGGGUGGGGCUAACUCGGGCUGGACCUAUCACGACGGAGAUACUGCUACCAUCCAAUCACACUGCUGCUCACGUGUCUCAGAGCACCUGUCAUCAUGACGAUGCCCCAUGGCAACGAACAACAAAAGUAUCUCAUGGCGACGGAAUCCUAAGACGGAUGAUGUUCCUGGUUCAAUACCCAGCCCACUUAAGCUGUGACAAACUCAGAGAAAUUGUUUUGGGUGCAGUCUGAAAAAGUCAACCCGAUUUUCCUAGUGCACUCUAUGGAGACUCAAUAGAGUACUGUAAAACACAGCCUUUUGUUGUUGUCGUCCAUGAAUGUUGCACGAAACCUUAAUGUGAUGUGUACUUUUUUUUUUGUGUGUGUAUUUUGCCAAUGUUGAAUAUUUCUGUCAGAACUUGAUCUAGCGUGGGUACAAUUUUCAAAAGCUCAAGACUUUUUUUUUUUUUUUUGACAUUGUUCUAGAACAAUCUACUACUCCCCUCAAGUGUGAACCUUGAACGACAGUCUUUCUAUGGUGAAGACGACCGUCAAUAGCUCAAUAAAAUGGCCCUAUGUUUUUUUUGUUUUUCCUACUCGGUUUACAUUUCAGUUAAAUAAAGGUUUGAAAAAAAGCUAGACAAAUUAUUUUGGUAGAGAUAUAGAACAUUUCUACAACUGAAUAUCUAUUAUACGCGUUUCUACAGACUUCAGUUUGGUACGGUCUUUUGAGUGUUAUGUAGAAAACAAGUCAGAACCCUAUCUAGCGUUGAAAGAUUCACAAAGUGUGAUUUCAGCGUUUUUAGUUCCUUUUUUUUUGGUUUAAAGGUUUUAAGACCUUGUCUACUAUUUGACACCACAUGUCACGGAUUCCUUUUUGGUUUUUUUUCGUUUCCUUCCUCACUUUUCAUUGGCUCAUUCAACAGGGGUGUAUUCACUAGGAUGCCAAGGGGAGGGGACCUACCUGAAUUUGUCCAAUAGAAACUCCUUUUUGUUGCAAAACAUUUUUGCUACGGUGUGCCCCAAUGAAUACACCCCAGUAAUGCCCAGAAGAGAUUUAGUCCCAACUGCAACACCUGUAGGUAACUAAUAUAUGUAAGUAAAAGAUGUUUCAAAAACACUGUUUCUUAAUCUCACCAUUAAACCAGAACCACUAUAGCACAAUAACUGUUAACCAAACUAUUUUACACAGCCUAUACAAUCAUGUAUUAUUAAAGUUGCUUUUCUUACAGCUAGUCAUUAACUCAGUGUUGGAUCAAAACCAUAAUGACAGCUAGUAUUAAAUCUAGAAAGAUGACAUUCAUUUAAGUAUAUGAGUAAAAUGUAUUUGUCCUAUUUAAGAGAAGACCUUACAGGUUGCUGUUCCUACUGAAAUUAGUUUUGAAUGUGUAAUAAAAUGUUCUCACUUUAUGGAUUGAGCUCAAAACAUUUAUCAUUUUUAAAAUCCAUUUUAGUUUUUAAAAACAGUAAAUUCUCAGCCUUGUCUCCUGUUUUUUAAAUGCAUGUCCAUUGCUUCAUUAAAGAAAAGGGAAGAAUACAAAAGUCAAAAGUAUUGGAAAAUGGAGUGGGGAUUGAAGUCUGAGUUUAAUGUAUUGACAGUGUCUACCAUGAUGUCAUGUGUCUAAAUUGACCUAUAGGGGGGAAAAAGAAAUGGAUAUUCAUAACAGUCCUGUGGGAAAGAUAAUCCUACAUAUCAUGUCAUAUGUUACACAAACACACAGUUAAAUAUUUACAGAUAAUACAUGUUGAGCAGUGCCUUCAACCAUUUAUGAAGGGAAGUCAUGUUUGAUGUCUCUCGUUCGGGUCCAGGGCAUGACUAGCUCUGGUCCAGGGUAAAAGUAUAUUCCUCUACUAACUAGCUCUGGUCCAGGGCAUUAUGACUGUAGAGGAACGGUCUAAUGCACUGGGGGUGUAUUCAUUACUGUUGCAAAACGUUUUUUAAAUGGAAGCGAAUGGGAGGGAUCUACCUGGAUUUGUCCAAUAGAAACUUGUUUAAUUCUUAAACUGAAAUGGUUUCUGUAAUGAAUAUUCCACUAGAACCCAGAGUUGACGGGCAUCUUGAGAGCCGGAAGCGGGAGAGAGGUGACAAAUCCAGCUUCAGUCACCAGAUGCCCCCCUGCCAUUCUUACCUGAUCAGUCUCCUCCUAUUGAUUGGAUUGGAGAUGGAGACAGUCCCGCCUGCCUCUGAGGCAGUGGUAGACAAACGUUUCAGCUCUGAUCCAAUGGGAAUAUCACUAUAGAUCACCAACACAGAGAGCUUAGACGUUUUAUAAUGCCUUGUAUAAAACGCUGCCUCCUGUGCAUAAUGUAAAUAUUGAAUGUAAGUAAAAGUUUGAAAUAUCUUUGUUAACAGAAACUGAUGUGAACUGAUAUUCAUCGAUGUAGUUAUUUAAAAAGAGCUGUUACAUUUAAUAAAUACUAAUUAAUACAGUA